AUGGGUGGUAGCGGGAUCGGCGAUGUUUUAACUCCCUUGGGUGGUGAAAUUGUUGUUGGAGGUCCUGGACCAGUAGUGGGUGGUAGCGGACUCGGCAAUGUUUUACCUCCAUCGAGUGGCAAAAUUGGCAAAAUUAUUGUUGGAGGUCCCGGACCAAUUGUGGGUGGCAGCGGAAUGGGCGAUGUUUUAACUCCCUCAGGUGGUAAAAUUGUUAUUGGA